AUCACCAAACACUCAUACCUAAAACCAAAAUCUUCCUCUUCUUCUUUUCUUGUUAAAAACCCUCUAAUUUCUUACAAUAUUUUUAGCAACUCUUUAAGGGAAAAAAAAAUGAAGGCAGGUGCUCUUGAACUUGGACAUGCUUCAAAGAUUACAAGUUCAAUUCCAAAAAGUGGGGUGAAUAGAGGAAUGUCUAUACUAGACUUGUUUAUAAGGAUAAUUGCCAUAAUUGCCACAUUAGGAAGUGCCAUUGCCAUGGGAACUACUAAUGAAACACUUCCUUUUUUCACUCAAUUUGUUGGUUUCAAGGCCAAGUAUAACGAUCUUCCCACCUUUACGUUCUUUGUUGUGGCAAAUGCCAUAGUAAGUGCAUAUCUAGUACUUUCUCUGGGGCUGUCCAUCUACCACAUCAUGAGGAGCCGCGCACAAGCAAGCAGGAUAGCCUUAAUAUUCUUUGACGCGGCAAUGCUUGUGCUAUUGGCAGCGGGAGCAUCAGCAUCAGCAGCAAUAGUAUACUUAGCACACAAGGGAAAUACAAAGACAAACUGGUUCCCAAUCUGCCAACAGUAUGACUCCUUCUGCCAUAGAACAUCAGGAUCUUUGGUUGGGUCAUUUGCAGGAGUUGUACUCAUCAUACUCUUGAUCUUCCUCAACGCUAUCGCGCUUUCUCGUCCAUCGUUGAUUCAUUAAUUUUAUGCUUGUCAAGAUUUGAGUGUAUCUGUCAUGACGUUUAACAUGGUUUUUUAGGUAUUGUGUUGUGUUCUUUCUUUCUUUCUCUCUUUUUGUUUUCAAGUUUCUUAUUUGUGUGCAAUGAUCAAUGAUUCUUCUGUACAAGAAAUUAUAUAUAUAUUGAA